AAUUAUUAAUAUGUCAAACCCUAAUUCUGAAAUGGCCAUGUCAGAUGCCACGAAGGCACAGAAAACCAGGUCUUGUCUUAUGGGCGCCACGAGGCUCACUCGUUUUUGUGGUCGCUUAAAACUGUCAAAUAUGGAGAGCAUAGAUAAAUGUACAGCCACCCUCUAGAGCGCAAGAUCAUCUUUCUUCAUGGCGGUGUACUGUACAAGUAAUUGCAUGUCUUCAAUCAUAAAGCCUUCCAAUACUUCACAUAAAAUAGCGGCUUCAGACAAUGCUCCAACCAUAAAACCUCCUAACUUCAGUCAAAUCCCGUCAUGGCUCUCUCUCAAAACCGCCCCUUCUUCCCUGAAAGCCCAACAACAAAACCAGCCAGGCAAAGUCGAGAAUCUACACUUGGUUUCUUUAUCCAAACAGGGAAAGCUCAAAGAAGCUCGUGCGUUUAUCGAACAAAUGUGCGAUGCUGGCGUUUCCGUCAGCCCGAACUCGUUCGAAUGCCUACUUCAAACAUGCAGUAAUUUAAAAUCACUAUCAGAGGGAAGAUACUUUCACCAUAGAUUACGAGAAACAGUGGAGAAUCCAUCUGGGUUUCUUCAGAAUUCCGUGCUUCAUAUGUAUUGUGAUUGUGGCAGUCUGGUUGACGCGCAGAAAGUGUUCGAUGAAAUGACGGAAAGAACUUUGGUUUCUUGGUUUAUCAUCAUAUCUGCUUAUGCGGAGUCGGGUUCUCUGAAUAAAUCUUUUCGGUUAUUUUCUGAUAUGAUAGAAUCGGGAAUCGAACCAAAUUCGAUGAUAUAUAAUGGCCUUUUAAAGUAUUUAGUUCAUCCUUGUUAUUUGGAUCUUGGUAAACAGUUGCAUUCUCAUGUUAUAAGAAGUGGGUUGAGCUCAAGUGUCUCUAUCAAUACUGCAAUUUGUAACAUGUAUGUGAAAUGUGACUGUUUAGAUGGUGCUAAGCUUGUUUUUGGUCAGAUGGAUGAAAAAGAUUCUGUUGCUUGGACUGCAUUGAUGGUGGGCUAUAUUCAAGCUGAUAAAUUGAAGGAUGUAUCAAAUUUGUUCGAGAAGAUGGUAGUUGAAGCUAUUGAAUUGGAUGAAUAUGUGUUCUCAAUCGUCCUCAAAGCCUGCACCAGGUUGAAGGACUUGAACUUGGGCAGACAAAUUCAUGGCUCUGUUGUUAAACUUGGGUUGGAAUCUGAUGUUUCCGUGGGAACUCCUCUUGUGGACUUUUAUUUCAAAUGUUCAAGUUUUGAAUCUGCUUGUCGAGCAUUUGAGAGGAUAAGAGAACCUAGUGAUGUUUCAUGGAGUGCUAUGAUAUGUGGUUAUUGCCAAAAUGGAAAAUUUGAGGAUUCUGUUAAAAUUUUCAAAUCUUUGAGGAGUAAAGGUCCAGUUCUUAAUUCAUGGAUAUAUACAAACAUUUUUCAAGCAUGCUCUGCACUUGCAGACUUCAACCUGGGUAGCCAGGCUCAUGCAGACGCCAUGAAAAAUGGUGUAAUUUCAGACCUAUACGGGCAGAGUGCUUUGGUUAGUAUGUAUUCCAGAUGUGGAAGGUUAGACUAUGCCACUCAAGUGUUUGAAUCGAUCGAUGCACCAGAUACUGUUGCUUGGACUGCCAUAAUAUCUGGUAAUUCUUAUCAUGGCAAUGCUUCAGAAGCUCUAGGGCUUUUUAGGAGGAUGCAGGACUGUGGUGUGAGGCCAAAUGCAGUUACCUUCAUAGCAGUUUUAACUGCUUGUAGUCAUUCGGGAUUGGUUACAGAGGCCAAGCAUUUUAUGGAUACAAUGCUUAGUGAGUAUAGUGUGAACCCAACCAUCGAUCAUUUUAAUUGUAUGAUUGAUAUUUAUUCUCGUGCUGGGCUAUUGAAAGAAGCAUAUGAGCUGAUAAAGAGUAUGCCAUUUGAUCCUGAUACAAUGAGCUGGAAGUGUUUAUUGGGUGGCUGUUGGGCUCAUAAAAAUCUCAAGCUUGGAAAACUCGGAGCUGAAAACCUCCUUCAGCUGGACCCUCGGGAUACUUCCGGCUAUAUUCUUUUAUUUAACCUGUAUACUUCAUCUGGGCAGUGGGAAGAAGCAGCUAAUAUCAGGAAAAUGAUGACUGAGAGAAAUUUGAGGAAGGAACUUAGUUGCAGUUGGAUUACUGUCAAGGGAAAGGUACAUCGGUUUGUGGUGGGCGAUAAACACCAUCCUCAGAGUGAGGAGAUUUACGUGAAGUUAAAGGAGUUCAAUGAUUCCAUGAUAAGCCAUGAAGAUUGUCUUCUAACGGAAGAGGAUUUAUCAGGUAGUUUGCUGGAGCGAAAAGAACAACUUCUUGAUCAUAGUGAGAGACUUGCUAUAUCAUUCGGGCUCAUAUCAACCCCAACGAACGCCGCUAUUGUGAUAUUCAAAAACCUGCGUGCUUGUAAGGACUGCCAUGACUUUGCAAAACAUGUGUCCAUGGUCACCGGGCGUAAGAUUGUCGUUAGAGAUGCCUGCAGGUUCCAUCAUUUCCACUCAGGGCAAUGUUCUUGCAACGAUUACUGGUGAUCUGUCCAAAAGGAACAGAAGGUAUCCCAGAAUGUACAGCAGGCAAGUUUUUCACAUCACUGUAUCUCAGUUAAGAUACCAACACUGCAUUCUUUUCGUUGAAAUCAUUGGCAAGUGGGGUAGGAUUUUGGUGUCGUAGCCGCCGGUGGCUGGUUGCACGCGUGAAUUUGAAACAGGGGUUGCCACUAAAUCUCGUGCUCUGUAGAGAAGAAAUCUUUAGUCACCACCUACAAAAUGAAGUGGGGUGAAGAAACCAAUCGUGGUUCGACAAUAUCUAUUGAACUAUGUUGGAUUGAUCACCUUUAAGUGGUCACAAUCUCUUUGUUAGUUGUAGGAGUGAAUUCAAUCUGAAUUGAGUUUGAAGUCGAUUGGAGUUUAGAUUGAAUUUAUGAUGUUUAAAGUUUGAGUUCGUAUAAACUGAUGUAUAAUAUUAUCGGAUGAGUAUUGACAAGAUAAGUAAUAUUAUUAGUUGAAUAAAUAAGUUAAUCUCAAAUCAUACUUCUU